GAUGAUCGCCGCCGACGGCGCCAUCGUCGGCGUCGGCAUCGACACGCCCUCACUGGACCCGGGCACCAGCAAAGUGCUCCCCGCCCACCAGGCGCUGUUCCGGCGCAACAUCUUCGGCCUAGAGCACGUGGGAGACAUGAGCCGGGUGCCGGCCACCGGCGCCACGAUCCUGGCGUUGCCGAUGAAGAUUGGCGGCGGCAGUGGCGGGCCCUGCCGCGUGCUCGUGCGCCUGCCGUAGCCGCUGGUGAACAGCGACCUAGCAGCCACCUAGCAGCCACCUACCAGUCC